CGCGUGUGUGCGUGCGCGCGCGCAUUGGCGUGUCUCGGCGAGUGAGGUAAGGAGAGAUAGAAGCAGUGGGUGUGCUUAAGCACGUCCUAUGCGGAUUCCUCGCCUCACAGCCCGGAUUGGAGCACUACGAUACUGUUGCAUGAUAUCAUCAUUUGUGAGGAUCGUUGUGCUCACGCGGCAGGAGGACAUCAUCCUGACGGAGGAGAGGCAGUUGCGGCGAGGAGAUGAGCAAUGGGAAAGGAGUCUCUAACAUCUCCUGACAGAGACGAGGAUCAUUCUUUGCCCUAGUUGCAUCUCCUCCUCUUCUUCAGUCCAUGUUCUCCUUUUCAGCUUCACCUGUUGAAGGCCUGCUCUUCACUUUCUGUCACGCUGAGUCCCCCAUCACCUGUCACCAUGACAACAUCAGCCCUGCGCAGGCAGGUGAAGAACAUAGUACACAACUAUUCCGAAGCAGAGAUUAAGGUCCGUGAGGCAACCUCAAACGAUCCAUGGGGGCCAUCCUCGUCACUCAUGUCAGAAAUAGCUGACUUGACCUUCAAUGUUGUGGCUUUUGCUGAGGUCAUGGGGAUGGUGUGGAAGCGCCUCAGUGACAGCGGCAAGAACUGGAGGCACGUCUACAAGGCGCUGACUCUGUUGGACUACCUGCUGAAGACAGGAUCAGAGAGAGUGGCUCAACAGUGUCGGGAAAACGCCUUUACUAUUCAGACGCUUCGUGAUUUCCAGUAUGUCGACCGCGAUGGCAGAGACCAAGGGGCUAAUGUUCGAGAAAAAGCACGCCAACUGGUUUGUCUUCUUCGGGAUGAAGAGCGUCUACGCCAAGAGAGGAGUCAAGCACUGAAAACCAAGGAGCGGAUGGCAGGGGGAGGCAGUGGAGGAGGAGGAGCAGCAGGUGAAGGAGGAGGAGGAGGAGGGGGGAUGUAUGGAGGAAUACCACCGUCCUACCACCCAGGUAGACGAACAAGCCAGCCCAGCAUGGCUGUGCUGUACGGGGAAGAGUUCAGUCGCUCCAGAGGUUCUCCGUCGUCCUUUAAUUCAGCAUCAUCCUCAUCUCCUCGUGGUGCCUCGGACCUGGAGCAGGCUCGACCACAAACCAGCGGGGAAGAGGAGCUCCAGCUCCAGCUGGCCUUAGCCAUGAGCAGGGAGGAGAGUCAAAAGGAGCAGCGCUGUCGCCAAGGAGACGAGUCUCUCUUACAGAAGGUCCUGGAUGAGAGCAGGAGAGAGAGCCAGUCAGGGACGCAGGAGUCGACCAUGUUGGACCUAGUAGACUUAUUUGGCUCAGCAUCUGAGAGGCCACCUCCACCUGGUGAUCCGUGGAACUCUGCCCAGCCUUCCUGUAACGUCACCUCUGACCCCUGGGAUUCUGUAGCGGCCAACUCCAGCACUCCUGUGGUUGGUAGCCCCUGGACAGCCCUGCCCCCUCCCGCCAAUGCGAGUAAUCCUUGGGCUCCAUGUGCCAACUCACACAGAGAGUUUUGGGAGGCGGCGCCCAUCCGCAGCCCAGCCAAUCACAUAUGGGACGCAAUGUCUGAGCAAGGAGGUGAUGGAACAGAUGCAUUCAGUGCAUACGAAGAGGAGAGGCAACAGGACAUUCCUCAACUGUCUUCUCCUCAGUCUGCUAGUCCGACAGAUUCUGAGCUACGUAGAUCAGCAGAUAUGUUUUCUGGAGCUGAUCCAAGCACAGAUACAUUUAGGAAUGAACCUCUGGUGAAACCCCAGGAAAAUGGACGUGACUCGACCAGUCCGGAGAUGUUUGAUCUAUCUCGGCUUGCACCCCCUGUCAGUGCUACACGUGUGUGUCGAACCCCUGAGGCCUUCCUCGGACCUACUGGGGCCUCACUGGUCAAUUUGGAUGCCCUGAUACCUGCAACACCCCCAAGCAAGACGCAGAACAACCCCUUCCUCUCAGGUCUGAGCGCCCCAUCUCCCACAAACCCUUUCCACUGUGACCAGCCUCGCCUCACCCUCAACCAAAUGCGUCCAUCCUCUACAUCUCCCCUGCCCCCCCACAUGAUAUCCUACAGUCCGUCGCUUCCACUCCCUCUCCCUCACAGGGGGGCCGCGCUUCCCUCAUCCCUCACGCAACCUCCCGCUGGACUCAUGGACCUUCCUUCCAACCUCCCUCAGCCCCUGCUCCCUCUUUCACCCAGGCCGGUGGCCCAUACUCAAUCCCAAGCACAGACACACAGCCACAACCCUUUCCUCUGAGACUCUUCGUGUGGACUGUGGACUACCGGCCUGAGGAUCUUCGUGCACACAUGAAAUAGGUCAAAAGUGGACCAGAUGUACUUGUGUCUGUCAAAAGACGUAUCAGCUGCUAUAUGUAACCUGAACUCUUGAAGAAAUGCACACACACUGACCCAUCACAACAUCAACUGCACUGUUAGGUUAAUAAGGAUACAACACAGCAAUAAAUACCCUCAUGAAGAUCUCUUCUGAUGGAUUCAUAUAAAUGAGGCCAAGGUGUUGCUGAACUGUACUAUUCUUUAAUGAGAGGGGCUGCUAAUAUAUUGUGAGUGAAAGUCAUAUAGGAUGAAUCAUGAUGAAGGGAGAUUUAUUGCCAGUGUUGUGUGUGUGUAGCUAACACUAGUCACACUGAAAAAGUCUGAGCAAGUUUAAAUAUCUAAGUUUAAUGAGUUUCAAUGUGUUUUUGACACGACAUUUUUUCUUCCUCCGUUAGACUAAUUUGCUUAUCUUAAAGGUCCCCUAUUAUGUAAAACUGGCCUUUCAAUGGUGUCCCUAGAGCUGUUUAUUACCACCAAAGGUAUAAAAAAGAAAAAGCUAUCACGUCCACAUGAUACAUGAUACUAAAAACACUUUUAAACUGUCGAAAUUCCAAUCAAGGCUAGAUUUUGGCCAACACACUUACUGUAUAUAUGAAGGUGUCACCUUUGAGACUUAUUAAAAAUGUUGAAAAGUAGUAUAAUAUGGGACCUUUAAGUAAUAUGUACAAAAAAUCUGAGGUAUACUAAAAAAAGCAAAGUGCCCAGCAAGAUUUUUUUUUCAUUUGAGUUUUUGCAGUUCGCUGCUGUAAUGUUGUACACUUUCUGUGCACACACAAUGUCGGAUGUCACAUCAUGCACAGGCAUACACCGUGUCUACACGUAUCUUAAACUCUACAGCCGCCACCCUGAGCACCAUCUGACAUCAUUUGGUUUGAUAAUUAGAAAAGUCAUACUUUUAGCUGUCUGCCGUUGUAACAUUGCUGCUUCACCGACAAAAGAAUGAAUGCAUAUCUCCCCCAUGGAGAACCCACUUUCUCCAACACCUUUUUUAAAAAUUUCUUGAUCUUAAUUGAACUAUAUGUACGUAGGGUCCAAAAGCAAAAUUGCUUCCAGCACUAUUAACGUACUGUCACAUAUAUACAUAUCUACUUUGCAUUGCCUUAUACGUAAUUUAUUUCCCUGUUAGGCUGCCGUGGCAAUUUAAAACUGGACAAAACCAGCCAGAUCCCACAAACUGAUCACUGACUGUAUCUAAAUGGACCUGUGUGCAUGCCUCUGCAGGAGGCCAGCAGCACAUACUGUAAUUGGUUUUGUUUAUGUGGUUAGGUUGGAUCUCAGGCCUGCUCAUCUGGUGAAUCGUACUGCUAUUACAAGGGACCGUCGGGUCGGCUUUAGGGAAAUCGUGUCAAGCUGUUGUGUAAGUGUUUGCCCCUAUCUGUGCUUAUACAGCAUGUGAGGAGAAUGUGUUUCAGAAAAAGAUAUUUGACCAUCACUGCACAGAACCUGGAUGUGAAUGUGAAAAGCCUGCUUAAAGUCACUCACACAGGCUUAAUACAUCUGUAUUUAUUACAGUCAUACCUAUACGACAUUAUGAAGUAAUAUGCCAAUAAACCAAUGGUGUAUGGAUUAUAAACAUGAGUCAUGUGAGUUUAUAUAGGAACGUGUUUGGAGUUCAUUCGUGGCUUUUGAGGCUUCCCCUUG